AUGAUUGGUAUUCCAAUGAAUCCAAAUUCAGUGUAUAUUCCAUAUAUAAAUACUGGAUGUUGCAAAGGAGAAUUUGAUUCAACAUAUCCAAUACAUCUAAAUGGAAUAAUAAAUCCAGAUGAAUUUCAAGAAUCAAUUAAAAAAAUAAAUCGUACAAAUACUUCGUAUAAAUAUUUAAUAAUAAUUUUUCUCAUUAUUUAUUCUACAAUUAUGAUAAGUGGAGGAAUCUGUUUUCUUAUCAAUAUUAUUUUAUAUCAAUCUAAAUAUUCAGUAUUAAUCAUUAUUGGAAUAAAUUUAAUCAUGCUUGCUUCAUUAUUUUUCUGUAUCGGAUAUUAUAUUAUAUUAUCACAAGGUACAUCACGAAUACAACGAGCGAUUGCUGAAGAAUCGAUGAAAUAUUCAUCAAGGUCACCAAUACCAUGUAGUUGGAGAUUAGAUAUUCCAAGAAGUUAUAACAAUCAAAUUAUUUCUAAUGUAAAUAUUAUAUAUUCAUCUUUUUUUUUUCGUUUAGAAUACAAUUUAAAAUAUACGAGAAAAGCAUAAGACGAAGAUAGAAUUAUUUCUACGAAAUUUUUUUUCUUUUAGUUAGUGAUUGAUAUUGGUCGUGAUGUUACUCUAUGAAAUGAAAUGUAUUAAAUAUUGUUCAUCAUGCAAAGAAUCUUUCAAUAAACAUUAAAUAUAUUCUUGUUUAAUUAAAUUCAACGACUAAAUUAAUAUUUCUACUUGAUAAAAUAAUUUUUUUUUCUUAUAAUUUAUUGGCUUUACUUUUAAAAACCAAGACAAGUUCGAUUUUCUCACUAUCUUGUAAAAUCUGAUCGUUUUUUGACAAUGGAAUAUCCCGAGAAGGAAGUGAUCGAUUUGACAGAAACUUUUAGGAUAUACUUAGGAUCACGAGAUCUACUUAUAAACAAAAUUUCAAGUCAUAACUCUGUUGUUCAAUUUGCCUAUCAAUACCUCGUCCUAUAGUAAAAAUCUAGUACAACUGUUAUAACUCUGUACGGAAGGCUGAUGAGCCCGAAUCCUUUUAGGGUUAUUCUAGUCUAGAGGUUCUGUCUAUAUUCUGUCUUCAAAUGUUAAUGUAUAUCAUCGAAAAUCGACAUUAUUGUUUAUUUAAUAUCUACAUGAAAUUUUUCAUAAACAUCAUCGAUGAAAUUUCUUUGAAUUUAUUAGAAUUAUUUCAGAUAUAUCAAAUUAUCUUACAUGAUAUUCUAGUCUUGUUCUAUCGAGAAAAAAAAUUUUUUAGAAAAAAUUCUAUUAAAAUUAUUAAACAUUGUUGCAUCUAUUCAAACUCAUGUCUCAUAAGUGGCUCAUAAAAAGCUUGUCAGCACAGCCCCUUUGGGACUAAAAUGUGGGACUCACAUAUACUCUAUAAGCCACAACCUAAUUUGGUAUGAAUAUGUUCUUUUAAGUAAUGGAAUAUAAUAAGAAAAUUUGAAGAAAAUGAAAUGAAAGAACAAUAUGUUUAGAGAAUGAACGUUUUAUUCGUCUACUAAGAGUAAUUCGAGCCGCUGUCAAGAGAUCAAAGAAUCCUUGUUUAAUCAUUUUUUGUAUGAGUCAAUUCAUAUCGAUUCUUUAUUGUAUGAAAUUGGUCUCCUAAUUCAUUCGGUUAUAUAAAGAACAUUACAUUUCUAUUUAUGAAAUAUCCAGACUAUUGAUUUUAUCAUGUAACGAAUAAAAAAAGAAUAUAUGAGAUAACAAAUCACUAUAAUGAGAUUUCUAGAGAAUUGAAAGAGUUGUGGAUAGAUGUUAAAGUAUAAACAAGUACUAUAAGGAAAAAAAGCUGUUAGCGCAAUCCCUACGGAAUUAAAAUGUGAAGCACAAUAUAGCUGUUGUGACUGAUGACACAGAAACAGUUUAGAGGCCAUCCAUAAAGGAUGUCUAGGUAAAAAUGGCAUUUUUUGACCCCCCCCUACCCUGGACGUCCUGUUUUCAAAAUUUUUUUGAAAAAGCCUAUUUGCUGAAAAAUGUUGUUUUUUUUCUUAUGAGACGACUAGGUAGCAACGGACUUAUGUUUCUGUUGAUUCACCGCAAUAGAUGUAGACCCAAACUCGAUCGGGUCUAACGCCAGCUUUCCCACUAACAUUUAGUACCUUUAUGCACAUGGCUAAGUGAAAGACUCAAGUGUUGGGUGUGGGUGUGGGUGUGGGUGGGUGUGGGUGUGGGUGUGGGUGU